AUGAGCUACCUGCCUGACACUUGGGUGCUGAGGGGACUCAUGGACUGCUUCAAGAAGCAGCGUGCUGAGGGGACUCAUGGACUGCUUCAAGAAGCAGCGAGGGUGAGGAGUACGCCAGAUGUAGGGGGACCAUAUCAGAGAGGGUUCCGUAGCGGCGCCUACCAGCCCGACGCGCGCACGGAACCCCAUAAUAUGAGCUACCUGCCUAACACCAGCGUGUUGAGGGGACUCAUGGACUGCUUCAAGAAGCAGCGGCGCCUUUCACGCACGGAACCCUAUAACGUGAGCUACCUGCCUAACACCAGCGUGUUCAGGGGACUCAUGGACUGCUUCAAGAAGCAGCCCGACGCGCGCACGGAACCCUAUAACAUGAGCUACCUGCCGAAUACUAGCGUGUUGAGGGGACUCAUGGACUGCUUCAAGAAGCAGAAGGUGACGUCACCGUCGUACGACUACCCCGACGCGGUGCUCCUGGCAAUCCUUCGCACGCUCACGGCGGAGUAUAUUCGCCCGCUGCCGCCCGUGGACCUCUGUUUUGUGCACGAAGCUUUGCACAAAGGUAGCCAAUGGCGCAGUGGUGGACUGAAGCUAGCCGCCAGACAAGCACAGUCCGUGGGCUCCGCGCGCCGCCUGGCCGACAAUUGGCUGCAGAGCAUCGACCCAGAUCACAGCGAGGAGUCGGAGAUCCUACUAAUGUUCUCUCUUCUCCCGAUCCUCUGCCGCGGGGUCCCGCCCAACACGCUCCGCCCAGCUUUAGAGCGCUGCCUGGCUGCCGCCGCCCGCCCUACCGACGUCCGCCCUACAGAUUCCGCCCGCCCUACGGAUUCCGCCCGCCCUACAGAUUCCGCACGCCCUACGCUAUGCUACGAUUCCGCCCAGCCGCCCUUGCUCACCAUACAGCUGGAGGGAAUCCGCGCUAGCUUGGAGUGCGAGAGGAUACACGACGCGAAUAGAACGCUGCUCUCGCAGAUCAUUGAGAAUUACUUCACGGUGAUAUCGGACGAUCAUGUGUCGUGGCCAGCCUACGUGCAGACCUGUCGUCACCUAUCCAGCAAGUACCUCGAGCGGAUGACGUCACCGUCCUCCUGGUGGGAGGUGACGGGCGAGGCGCUGCGUAAAGCGGCCGACGUCAGGGCUGCGGUGGCGGUGGCGGCCGUUACGGCGGGGGCGGAGGCGCCGCUGAAUUGGUUAAAUGAGGUCAUUGACACUCAGGCCGGCCAUAUUGCUGACCAACAGUUUUCUCUGCAAUGCAUUUUGGCGCCACUAAAAGCCGUGAAGCCGGACGACCUGAGCACUAAAGAGUGGUUCCUGCAACUCAUGGCCAGAACACAAGUCGCUUUCAAAGAAACCGAGGAGCUAUCAGCGCACCAAUACCUCUGCGACGUGUUCAUACUAAGCGCGGUGGUAUUCAGCGGCUGUGCAGCGCUGGCGAGGGAGCCGCUGACCAGCCGUACAGUGCUGAGAGCGCUGCUGCCGUGCGCUGCAGCUGCUUUAAUGAGCAGGGAAGCGUGGCAGGACAGCACUGUACAGAUGCUGGAAUGGCUGAGCCACACGCGAGACUGCGUGCGCGACGAAGCCACCGCGCUAAGCUGCCAGCGAGCGAUGUUAGUACUGAGGGAUCAUGACGCCUUCACCACGCACAGGAUAUGGGCGAGACUGGAAAGCUAUUUUGGGAAACAGACGAACUUCGAAGACUGAAUUCGAAGCGGCAUAAAUGGCAAUUGAUUGCCACAACUCUAGGUAUUGUUUUGUUUUUGGAAAUUGUUAUUUUAUAAACAUUAAAUACGUCUUUUGUAAUUAUCGCAUAGAUAUUAAGAACAUUUAUAACGUGCCACGCUGAAUUACUUAAUAUGUGUUUGAUCUGUUUUUUUUUUGCAAUUUAUUAGCUGUUAUGAACAGUAAAUUUACUAUUUAUUAACGUUAUCUAUCUAUCUUUUGUUCUCUAUGAUGAAAUUGUUAUUAUGUGCCUUAAUAAAACACAGCGUUCUGUUGAGAGAGCUGUCUAUGAUC